AUCCUCUCCCGAAACGAAACUGGCGGCGCGCACAGUCACGAGCUCUGCUCGACGGCGAGCCCGAGGGGAAAGUGAGAAGGGAGGGGUCGAGGGGGAGGAGCCUCGACGGCUCGCCCCUCCCUUCGUGGCACCGAGCCGCUCGAGAGGAGCGCGGUCUCUGCAGCGCACGCCCUGCCCAGCGGAGAGCGCCCGAGAGCGUCCAAGAGCGAGCAGCGUCCCGCGGGGGGGAGGCCCUGCUCCCGGAGGCGGGCAAGAAGGAGCCCCUCCGUCGGCCGACCGGCCAGGUCCGGUGGCCCUUCGCCGUGCGGCGCUCGGUGCAGGAGUCGGCACCGAGGCAAGGCAAGCACAGAGAUCCCGAACAUACACACACGACCCAGGCAGCGCGAACAGCUCGCAAGCCCAGCAGGGCAAAGAUGUCUCAGAACCACCGUCUGUGCAAAAAACAGUCGGCGCAUGUGGCUUUGAUCGCCUGGUGCACACUGCUUGAAUCCCUCCAGCAAGCUUCUAGUAGGCCAUUUCCAUUGCGAUUGGAAGGACACAUAUACGAACGAUGGCGGUCGCUGAGCCACACGGCGUAACCACAUGGGGCCAGUCGGCAAGUUUCUAUAAAAAGUGCACGAAGGCUAACCGCCCCGCGCUACCAUCAAACUUCACAGUCUCGCUCACGGCUGUAUGAGAAAAACGUGUUCAUGCCGAUCGCACCUUUUGACAUCUAGCAUGUGCAGGAAGCGUGGCGGGAACUCCGACGCGUCCCCACGCAGUGAUCCACGACCCUCGCAUACAAACAGGCUUAAAGGA